GCGGGACGGAGGCCAGUGCGGAGACGGGUUCCAGGGGGAUGUGUUGUUGUUGAAUUGAUGUUGCAACUUCCUAAAAACACGAAAUGCCGCUGCAAUUGCAAGGAGGACAGAUGCAGAACAAUGUAGAGCCAAUGGUAAUUGAUAUGGCCGUAGAGGAAAAUGACAACACGGAAGAAGAGCCUGUUAUUGUGGAGAGCACGUCCUUGGACCUUGAGACAUAUGCCAAUAGCUACACGGGUUUAGCAAAACUGCAACGUCUCAUCUUUAUAGCUGACCGAUGUCCUCAACUUCGUGUAGAAGCCCUGCGUAUGGCCAUACAUUAUGUACAGACUACAUACAAUGUCAACCUAUACACACAACUUCACCGGAAGUUGCAGGAGGCAGUUAGUGGGGCAAAUGCAGGGAAUGCUAGUCUACCAGAUAUAGCUGGGGGUCAGGUAGGAGGGGGUUCUGUGGCAAACCUGCCUGCCCUUGACAUGCAAUGGGUCGAAUCUCGUGCCAAAAAAGCUGCACUGAAGCUUGAGAAGUUGGACACAGAUUUAAAGAAUUCUAAGGUUAAUAGUAUCAAGGAAUCCAUUCGGCGAGGUCAUGAUGACCUUGGCGACCACUACCUUGACUGUGGUGACCUCUCCAAUGCCCUCAAGUGUUACUCACGCGCACGGGAUUACUGCACUUCCUUCAGACACAUUAUCAAUAUGUGUCUUAAUGUGAUUAAGGUUUCAAUUUACCUAAACAACUGGUCACACGUAUUGAGCUACGUUAGCAAAGCCCAAGCAACCCCCGAGGCCUCUGAGUCUAGGCCAAGCAGUAACAAAGACCAGUCGGCUGUGAUCCAGACAAAACUCACCUGUGCUGCUGGUUUGGCGCAGCUCGCUACAAGAAAAUACAAGGCAGCAGCUAAAAGUUUCUUGGGGGCACAGCUGGAUGCUUGUGACUUCCCUGAUCUUCUAUCCACAUCAAACGUAGCCAUGUAUGGUGGCCUCUGCGCAUUGGCCACCUUUUCUCGUCAGGAACUACAGAAACUUGUUAUUUCUAGCAGUUCUUUUAAACUGUUCCUGGAAGUUGAGCCUCAAUUACGGGAUAUCAUAUUUAAGUUCUACGAGUCAAAGUAUGCCUCCUGCCUCAAGCUCUUAGACGAAUUGAAGGAUGUACUCAUGCUUGACAUGUACUUGGCCCCUCAUCUCAACACACUCUACACACGAAUCAGAAAUCGUGCACUUAUACAGUACUUCAGCCCAUACAUGAGUGCAGACCUGGAAAAAAUGGCCGCAGCCUUUAACACAACCAUCUCAGCUUUAGAAGAUGAACUUAUGGCCCUAAUUCUAGAAGGACAAAUUCAGGCGCGGAUAGAUUCCCACAACAAGAUCCUGUACGCCAAAGCAGUGGAGGAGAGGAGCAUGACCUUCGAGAGGUCCCUGGAGAUGGGUCGGGAGCAUGUCAUGCGGGUCAAGGGACUCAUCCUUCGCUCAGCGCUCAUCAAAAACCAAAUCCAUGUGAAGAGUCCGCCCCGGGAGGGAGGGGGCGGUGGAGGGCAAGGGAGCGGAGACGUGACCAUGGCAGCCACCAACAGUUCGGCAGCCGCUCCCAGGAACUAGAUACUAUUAUUAUCAUUAUUAUGCGAGCGGUACCCAGGCUGUGUUGAUACUAGACCUGUGCUUAAUUGUUUUGUUGUUCGGCCUGACCAGCGUGCGCUCUCGCCUGCGGAACAAGCCACCCGAACAAUAACCAUUGCUCAUCUGAGAUUUUUCCACUCUUUAGCGUCAAGCCAUUUACACCAGUCUGCUCUUGUCUCCUGUGGCAGAGGAUCCAAAUAAGAGAAUAAAAAAAUGUAAUAAAAGAUAGAUAAGUCAGAUAAUGAAUAAAUCUGUAAAAAAAUAAUAAAAAUAAAAAAAGAAAGUAAUAUUGUUUUGGAGAGUUCUAAACUUGUGAAAACUAUGCAAGGGUUCUGUGACACUCUUGCCUUCAUCCCCAUUAUGAUUUCAAAAACAUCGCAGUGUGGAAUUAACAAGGCUCUGCUACUUGUGGGGAUUCUCUUGCGAUGACCACAACGGAUGAACCUCAGGAGCUCGGUGAACUCUGUACCAAUACUAUUUACUUGGUGUUGUUUAUGAAGCUAUAUUGUAUAGUAAGAUACAGGAUGAACAGAAGGAAAGAAAAUGAAGUGCUCAUGGAGAUGUCAGUGCAUAUUUAUAACUUCACAACCAAAGCCACAAUCAAGGGUUGAUUUAUAGCAGGUUUGACAUGCAUGACCUUGUAGUUAUGUCAGUAUUAUUUCUUUGAUUUCCUUUAAAAAAAAUCUUAUUGUUAUGUAUGUUGUUUGAGUUAGUUCCUAAGCAUACAGAAUAUUUAUAUUCUUAUAAUUGAAGAGGGAUUAUUAUUUUGAUUUUUUUUUCUUUUUCUUUUUUUAUAAUUAUGUAAUGUUUUCCAUUUUCUUCUUUCUUUGUCUUGCAACAGGAAAUCACAAUGUGGUCAUGCUUGUUAGAAGUGCUGCCAAGUCAAUAUGUACCUUUAUUGGUUUUUCUUGUUUUCUCCUAUAGCUUGUGUUCAUAGCUCCCAUUACCUGUUGUGUAUUUAUUGUGUUUGAGAACAACUUUGUUUUGGUAUUUGCAUGUCCUCAUUCACAGACAAAAACCACUAGUCUAUAUAUUGAAUGAGAGGCGGUCAAAAGAUUUUGUACAUUUUAAUGACCGUGAUUCAGCAGGAGAUACAAGGCUGUUGUUACAGUGUUGUAACAUGACUUUUUUUUUCUGUAAAUGCAGAAAUUAGUUAUUUUUACGCUUGAAAGAAGUACAGUGUUCCUAAGAAAUGCACUGCCUAGUGGUUACAGAAGAACAGUGGCCAGUUGUUGUAGGCAGUGUUCUUGCCUGUAAUGCUUGGAUUUUUUAAGUCACACUAUGAGCACAGAAGAUCAUGCAUAGUGUAAUACUCCAAUAUUUGUUGAAUUCACUGUCGUGCACCCUAGCCAGGUUGCCUCAGUCUCUUCAGAGUCUCUGGAUGUCUGGUCUCAAAACUUCAGAUGAGAAACUUUAAGCCAAAUAAUCCUUGCUCUUGUGUCAGCACUGCUUGAGGCUUGCUACCAGUGUAUUUGUCAAGGGAAGAGCAGCGUAUUCUCACCUUUACGAAUGCAAAUUGUCAUCGGAAUCCAGUCACAUUUUGAGAGAUUAUGUGGGGAGAAAUGGAUACUUUUCCCACCCUAGUGUGUUUCAUGCAAGCCUUCACUUUGAGCUGCAUUGUUGAUGAGUGGCUAGGAGGGGAAAAGGUGAUUUUCUAUUGAAGAUAGUAAAACUAAUAACACUGAAAAA